AUGACGUUGCGGGUUGAAGUGCCCGGUGAAAAAAUUGUGAAUGUCGACACUUGCAAGUGCACUAAAUCAUUCAGUAGCGAGAUAAAAAAGAGAGAGGGAAAACUCAGUAGAAGAAUCAAGCAGAUUAUCAAAAAUACGUGGUCGUUUCGAUCCAAAGUCACCGUUGAACCGUACGUGGUAUGUUAUAUACUUCCCAGCGUGCUUGCCGGGCUGGCUGUGCAGAAUCUGUGCUUGGAGAAAUCAUGUCUCGUCAAUCUGAGCUACGACGAAAGAACAUGCACCAACAUCAUGCAAGGGCGCACCAGCAACCUCACAGAGCAGGAGCAAAACGUCCAGAAAAUGGUAGCCAGUAUGACAGCGUGGAGUUUCCCUCUACAAACAGCCUUGCCCGGAAUUCUAGCCUUAUUUGUGGGAGCCUGGAGCGAUCGCACUGGAAACCGGAAGACGUUCAUGGUUUUACCAAUACUUGGGAAGUUAAUAUCGAUAAUUGGAAUCAUACUGAGCACUAUGUUUUUUCGUCAAGUCGGAGUAAAUGAAACAGCUGUUAUCGAAGGUCUCCCACCAGCUCUGGCCGGUGGCCGCGUUGCCAUGACAAUGGCAGUGUACAGCUAUAUCACAGACAUUACUAGUGAAUCCGAAAGGACUUUUCGUUUAGGGAUUAUAACGGCCAUUUUAACUCUUAGCAGACCUAUCGGUCUAGCCCUUAGUGGUAUUAUGACAAAGAGAUUCGGCUACUAUGGUGUGUUUACGGUUGCGUGCUUCUUUUACUUGACGGGAUUCGUGUAUAUCUUGCUAAGACUCAAAGAGAAAACUAAAAAGACAGUUGAAACCGAUAAUAAAGAAUCAGUGUCGUUUUCUGUGAAAGACCUGGUAGCAACGGUGAACGUAGCGUUCCAGCCUCGAGAGGGUUUUCGACGUCUUCAAAUAAUCCUAAUAAUGUUCGCGUAUAUGUUAAUCGUCGGCCCUGUUCUCGGUAAGUAA